AAGAGAUAUCUGGGUUAGGCAAAGCCACCCAUCCUCAAUUGGUCAUAGCAAAAGCUAGUAUAAACAUUUGAAACUUUUUUUUCUUUUUCAAAAGUGAGUUGACUGUUUUUGCAAAUGAACUCUUCAAAUGUACACGGCUCAAACAUCCAAAUAGCUGAACAAAAGGCGUGUAAUGGAAAGACCUGUCUGAUGGCUGUAAACUGAAUUCGGACUACUUUUUGAGGAGCACAUUUAACCGGAAAUGGCGUAGUUACGCCCUCUGCGUGCUGUAAGUGGUGGGAAAUCUGUCAACGAGAAAAGGUUGCCUUGAUUUUUAUCACCCCUCAUCUCCAAUGGGCGGAUCUAGUGGUGAAACUUUAUAGGCACGUAAGAAACAAGUGACCCCCCUUAUUUAUGGUGACGCCAAAUGAUUGUACUUUAUGAACGUGCGAGAAAAAAAAAAUUAAACAUAAAGACCGGCCCUCUGAAGGCGGGCGGAGCCUAGGGACUGCAAAUCGUGCCGUUCAGGAACAAGCGCUCCUCCGCUCAAACGAGGAGAGGUGGUAAUUACCCACCACAGUGGAGACCACCAGCUAACGUCCAGGGUUGAAUGAAUGGGAGAGACAGUUCUGGAUUCGGCGUUUAGUCUCGUUAGGACCAGCCUCUUCACCCAUGUUUGUGCGGUGGUUGCUGCCUGUGCUCUGGGCUCUGUCCGCAGAGGCUGACUUCUUCCAGUUUGACAGCAUUUCUAACGUCUCCACUUACUAUUUUAAUUACAUUUAUUGCAAUUUAUGGGAUGGAGAUUGUCAGCCAAACCAAGAUGAUGCUACACAACAAGUUCCUACCAGGGACGUAUGGGCAGGUUUCUCUCAGGACUACAGUAGCCUGCUGCACCAGUGGUACUGUAGUCUGGGCCAGUGCUGUGAAUCUGGAGACUGCAGGAUAACCAACAACAUCACAGGUCUGGCAAGGGAUCUCCAGACAAAGCUCCAUGGGCAACACCUGGCUCAGUCUGUGGUUCUGAAAGCCAUUCAGGGUUUUAUCAAAAACCCAGAAUCCAACAAGCCACUGACACUUUCCUUCCAUGGCUGGUCUGGAACAGGCAAGAACUUUGUGGCCCGGCUCAUUGCAGAUCACCUGUACCGGGAUGGGGUGAAGAGUGAGUGUGUCCGCCUGUUCAUCGCGCCGUUCCACUUCCCACACGCCAGGCUGGUGGACACGUACAAGGGCCAGCUGAGAGAGGCGAUCAGAGAUUUGGUGCUGCGCUGCCCUCAGACUCUGUUCAUAUUCGACGAGGCUGAGAAGCUCCAUCCAGGCCUCAUCGAUGCCAUCAAACCCUACAUGGAUCACUAUGACAACGUAGAUGGCGUCAGCUACCGCAGAGCCAUCUUCCUCUUCCUCAGCAACAUUGGUGGAGCAACCAUCAAUGAUGUAGCUCUCGACUUCUGGCAUUCGGGUCAAAAUCGAGAAGACAUCGGCAUGGAGGACUUGGAGCAUCGGCUUCGUGCUGAAACUAUGGAGUCUCAAGGGGGAUUUGCUCAGAGUGAACUUAUGUCUGGCCACCUUAUUGACUUCUUUGUGCCAUUCCUACCUCUUGAGUACCGGCAUGUCAAACUCUGUGCACGGGACGCCUAUGCAGCAAGAGGUCUGGAGACGGAUGAGGCUACAUUGGAUGAGGUUGCCAAGGCAAUGCUGUAUGUCCCCAAAGAGGAAAGACUGUUUUCAGCCCAGGGAUGCAAGUCCAUACCCCAAAGGAUCAACUUCUUCCUUCCCUAGAACAAGAGACAGACAGACAAGCAGAGAGACCUUGACGAGGUGUGAGAUUGCUUUACUAGCCCAUCUGCAUACAGAGGAGACGUCUUUUCUGCUGAGCUCUGCUACACGUAACCCCACUCACCACAGAUACAACACGUGUCUGUCCAGGUCCCACAGAGACGGCCAGGUAGAAGGGCAGAUCCAGUAUAAGAGGGGAAAGCAGCAGGACCCACCCUGCAGACAGAAAGAGUGCCAGAGGGGUCAUCAGGUGCAGUGUCACUGCUCUCCCUCACCUGCCUGGUUAGAAUCCUCACAGUAAAAACACUGAAAAACAAAGACAGGAGAAUAAAUGGUUGUAGAGUGUGUCAUAGAGGAGUAUUAGUAGAUUUUUAUCACACUUUUUAUGUCUGUGCACCUCUAUUUUUAUGUUUAGAUGAGGUCAUACUUCAUGUGUCGGUAUUUGCAUGUCAAUCAUUGUACUUUUAUAAGCACUGGUUAUUUAUUGAUAUAAUUUGUGCCAAUUUUAGCAUCUUAAUGUGCCAGGUUUUUUUGCGGAGUUAAGGUGCACAUUUGGUGGCACUGUAAGUCAUAAGGGAAGAUUGAAUGAUACUGUGUUGCAAACAAUGAAGUGUAGUGUGUAACACCUGUGAUGCAAAUGUGACUUGAAACAUUUAGUCAUAAAAUGUGUCAAAAGCACCGAGUCUAUUGGAGAAUUGUCUUUUUGUGUGAACACGUUAAUAAGUGCUUAUAGUUAUUUAUUUUUUAUUUUCAGAUGUUUGAUUAUCUCGUAUGAACCCAACACUUAUCUGGGUGUCAUACUAAUGUAGGUCAUAGUUAUGAAGUAUAAUGAUACUCACUGUCCUGCCUUAUCUCUAUCAUUGAUGCAUUCACUGUCUCUCUUAUUUACCUGUAUGGGUCUGCUUCAGUGAUUGUGGCUCACAAAGUCAUGAGCCACAAGAAAUGAAUCUGAAAAGAGCUGUUACUUUAAAGUAAAUAAACAUCCACAGUAAACCCACA